UAUGAAAGAGGUCGAGAGCACUGUAGUAACGGAAGUCGACGGACAGUUCUAUUACUCGUAUGAAGGGAUCUUACAUCGAGUAUCUCAAGAAAGAUGUGAUUGUAACUUCUACGAGUCUAUAUGUUACUGCCCUGCAAACAUAUCUUUUCCGUAAGGCUGGCAUUAGGAAUGAGUCUAUACGAGGAAAAUUUAGUCAAUAAACGAUGGACAACGAGCUAUAAUAUAAAACAUCACAGAGUCUUUGAGAAUGACAUGAGUUCAUACCCCACAGAAAUAAAAAUAUGCUCAAAACCAAAAGUGGUGGCUAGAUCUAAGCAAGAAAAAUAUAAGGAGUCCAUUCUUGUCACCAAUGAAUUGGCCGAUGUCAUAUCGGAAACAACUGGAAGUAGAUAUGCUGAGAGAUUAGAACUGAUACGAGAAAUCAUUAAUCAUUGGAAGAGUAACAACGGCAUUAAAAUAUCAGUUACGGAAUCACCAAGUACUGCUACUUUGACAGGUAAUAUAAACCAACAGCUAAAAUUUAAUUAUCUGCUAUUUUUGAU